AUGAAAAUCGAGCUAGUGUUCAUACCAUCUCCGGGCAUCGGACAUAUCCGAUCAACAACAGCAAUAGCAAAGCAUCUCGUAGACAGCGACGACCGCCUCUCCAUCACUCUCAUCGUCAUCCCUUCACAAUUCUCCACCGACACUUCUUCCUCUUACCCGGAGUCCCAAGGCCGUCUCCGUUACUGCCUCCUCCCUGCCGGAGAUCAGUCAACAGAAGAACAUACCUUCAUUUCUUACAUCGAGAGCCAUAAACCACACGUCAGAUCCACCGUCUCCGAACUCUCUCGCAAGAUCUCGACACAGGGAAGUCGCCUCGCUGGAAUCGUCGUUGACAUGUUCUGCACGUCAAUGAUGGACAUCGCCGAUGAGCUCAACCUCCCGGCUUAUAUCUUCUACACGUCGAACGUUUCCUAUCUCGGUUUGCAGUUCCACGUUCAGUCUCUUUACGACGAGAACAUACUCGACGUGAGUGAGUUUAAGGACGACUCGGAAGCUGAGUUUGACGUUCCCACUCUGACUCGGCCUUUUCCGGCCAAGUGUUUGCCUUCGGUGAUGUUUCGCAAAGAGUGGUUUCCGUAUGUUUUGGCCCGAGCAAGAUGUUUGAGAGAAGUAAAGGGUAUUUUGGUAAACUCAGUGGCAGAGAUGGAGCCUCACGCGUUGAAGUUCUUUUCCGGCGGGAACGGUACUCCUCCGGUGUACACGGUGGGACCUAUUUUAGACCUCAAGGCCGACGGCAGCGGCAGCGAUUCCGAGGAUGAGAAGAAAACAGAGAUUUUGCGUUGGCUAGAUAAGCAACCGCCAAGAUCGGUGGUGUUCCUAUGCUUUGGGAGCUUGGGAGGCUUUGGUGAAGAACAAACGAGAGAAAUCGCUGUGGCGCUCGAGAGAAGCGGCCACCGGUUUCUCUGGUCGCUCCGUCGCGCUUCUAAUGUGGAACACAUGGUGGGAUCUCCUCCUGAUGAAUUCAAGAACUUGGAGGAGAUUCUUCCGGGGGGGUUUUUAGAGCGGACGUCGGAGAUAGGAAAGAUUAUUAGUUGGGCUCCACAAGUUGCUGUGCUUGAGAGUCUCUCGGUGGGAGGAUUCGUGACGCACUGUGGAUGGAACUCGAUUCUCGAGAGUUUGUGGUUCGGUGUUCCGACAGCGGCCUGGCCGAUCUACGCUGAGCAACAGUUUAACGCGUUUCAGAUGGUGGAGGAGCUUGGUUUAGCGGCGGAGAUCCGGAAGGAUUACCGGAGAGGUUUUUUGGCGGGGGAGGCUAAGAUGGUGACGGCUGAGGAGAUAGAGAGAGGGAUCAAGGAUGUGAUGGAUCAGGACAGUGACAUGAGUAAGAGGCUGAAGGAGAUGAGCCGUAAGAUUCACAUGGCGUUGAUGGACGGUGGAUAUUCGAGUGUUGCUCUAAAGAAGUUUGUUCAAGACGUGGUCGAAAACAUUCGAAAGGAAUUUGUUUAG